UUUUAAACAUGGCGAACGGUUUGUUGAGUAGGUUAUCGCGUGCCUUUCGAUCAUUUGAGCAAGCAAUUGAUAUUAUUUUUGGUCGAGGUUUUCCACCAGGAGGUUUAUGUGCAAUCGAGUGUAACCAUGUUACGAACCAAGUACAGCCUGUUAUUUUUCCUGGACGAUCUUUAAAAGAUGUUUUAAAUGAUGCAUUUUUAUGGGCUGUACCUAAGAGGAGACGAACUAUAGAGAAACGACUGAUGAGAAGAUUCGGUCACCCUAAAUACAAUUGGAAACCACCUGUUCCUAAAACUAAUAUUUUAGAGUGUAACAAAUGUGGCCAUAAUUAUGAAGCUGGUUUACUUUGUGGGCAUUGCUAUGAAAUAGUGAAACAGGAAACAUUAGAAAUGCAAACAGCUAUACAACAAGAGUUAGGAUUAAGUCCAGUAGAGCAAGAUGUUGUAGUAUUGUACGAAGGAGAAAAAGACAAAGCAUCAAAAGACUUUUGGAAGAACCAGAGAAUUGUAGAAUUACCUAAAAAAAGACCUGAUUGGUUCAAUCAAAAUCUACUUCAGUCUACAACACAACAAUCAUCUGAUGAUAAAGGUGUAAAACCUAAAGAUAUGCCUUAAGUAAAUACCAAGAACGAUUUGCAUCUAUAAGGUAUUUUGUGUAUAUUAAAUAGACUUAAAAAAACAAAAUAAACUAAAAAAAUA